CGCAAUCAUCAGCGAAGGAAAAAAAAAAGGGUUUUCUUUGUUCUCUCCCGCCCUCUUUCUCUCUCUGUUCCUUCUCUGCAACUUUCUACCGAUCAUCCAUGGCCGGCCGCUUUGAGUUUGGUUCUCGUCCUAAUCUCUCUGUUUCCAGUCCUCUCCAUGCCGCCAAUGAUGUUCAGGGAUCUGAAAAUCCUAUUCCUCUUUCACCACAGUGGCUUCUGCCUAAGCCUGGGGAGAGUAAGCAUGGAAUUGGAAGUGGGGAAAACCAUUUCAGUCAUCAACCUGCUCAUGGAAACGUGGUGGACAUGAUGAAGGGAUCAGAGAACUAUGAGGAUAUGAGUGACAUGCAAAAGAAAAAAGACGUUUUUAGGCCAUCCUUGACUGAUACUGAAAUUGGUAGGCGUGACCGUUGGCAUGACGAAGAAAGAGAAAAUAAUUCUUCAAUGCGUAAAGAUCGUUGGAGGGAUGGUGAGAAAGAGGUGGGUGAUAGUCGUAAGAUGGACCGUUGGACUGAAGACUCGUCAACCAAACUCUUUAGAGAAUCUCGUCGAGUCCCAUCAGAACGCAGGUCUGAUUCAAGCAAUCGGGAUAAUGUUCAUUAUGAUCAACGACGUGAGAGCAAAUGGAAUACACGUUGGGGCCCUGAUGAUAAGGAAACUGAAGGCUUUCGUGAGAAGCGGGUGGACUCUGGAAGAGAUGGUGAUUUGCAUCUUGAUAAAAAUUUCUCUCAUGUGUCCAAUUAUGGGAAAAAUGACCGGGAUGGAGAUCAUUAUCGCCCAUGGAGAUCUAGUUCCUCUCAGGGUCGAGGUAAGGGAGAACCCCCUCACCAUCAGACCCAUACUCCAAUCAAACAGGUGCCUACAUUUUCCCAUCGUGGACGUGCAGACAACACACCUCCUACCUUCUCCUCGGGUCGUGGAAUCAUCAGUUCUGGUGUAAACCCUACAAAUAGUAUUUAUUCAUCUUCUAAUUCUCUUGGAGCUUCCUCUGAGAGAUUUGGAAGAGAGCCUUUCCACUACAAAUAUAGCAGGACAAAGUUGCUUGAUGUUUUCAGGACUACCAAUCUGACAUCACAGCAAACUCUCAAAGAUGGAUUUGUGCCAGUGCCUACUCUUACGCUGGAUGAACCAUUGGAGCCUCUUGCUCUUUGUGCACCAACUACAGAAGAAAUGAAUUUCUUGAAGGGGAUUGAUAAAGGGGAAAUUGUUAGUAGUGGUGUUCCUCAAGUAUCAAAGGAUGUUCGAAACUCAUCAGAAAAUAUGCAGACAAGACGAACAAAACUUGGUGUUUCACCUUCCCCAGGCAACAGAGAAGAUUUACCUCAUGGCUUUGAUGAUUACAAUGAUGAUAAGGAUGAUAGCACCGCUAAACCAGGUCACACAAACUAUCCAGAGGUCUCUACCGAGAGGCAGGUGCCUUAUCGUAGGCCCCAGUCAAAAAUUGAAACCAUUCAGGAACGCAUGGCACAUGCUAGUAGCAAGUUCAAAUCUGAAGGUUUCAGAGAAGAUGACAAUGCUAUGAGUAAAGCAGAUGAGGUGCCUGUCAGUAGGGACUCAAGUGUUAAGGGGGGUACCAAUGUUCAUCCUGACAGUUCGUGGAACGCCUCAUCACUUGAGCAACCCCGGAAUACAUCCUUGUCUGACUGGAGAGAUAAUUCUAAUAAUAUUAGCUCAGGAACUUCUGACAAGGGUUGGCUACAGCCUUCAAAGAGUCUUAAUGAUGGGUGGGGAAAUAAUCCAGCUACUCCAUCUUAUCCAAAGGACAAUUCCAAAUGGCAGACUGGGGAAGAAUCUAUCAUUAGAAGGCAGAUUUCAGGGAUUUUGGACAAGGAACAACUAGCAAGAAAAUCUGUUCAACCUUCUCCAGAGGAUUUGCAAUUUCAUUACAUUGAUCCUUCUGGUGCAAUUCAAGGCCCAUUUAGUGGGGCUGACAUUAUUCAAUGGUUUGAGGGUGGGUAUUUUGGCUUAGAGUUGCCUGUCCGUCUGGCAAAUGCACCAAAUGACGUGCCAUUUUCAGCACUUGGUGAUGUCAUGCCUCAUUUACGAUCUAAAGCCAAACCACCACCAGGAUUUAACGCACCAAAGGCUAAUGAAUUUGCAGAUACAUUAAGUAAUGCUAGUUAUGGUAGCUUGGGAAAGCUUCAUACUGGUUUGAAUGAGAUCGAUACUUUGAGGAAUGAGACAAGGCAUAAACAUGGCCCAGCGGUGGAAGCUGAAAACAGAUUUUUGGAGUCACUUAUGUCUAGUAGUAAUAAAGGUUCUUCCCCUCUCGAGAAGGGUGCCUUUUCUGAAGGUGUGCCAGGAUAUUUUGGAACUAAUAAUUUGUCUUCAUUGGGAAUGGACAAUGGGAACAACCUUUUCCUGUUGGCCCAAAGAAUGGAACUUGAACGGCAAAGGUCUUUGACCAAUCCUUAUGCAUUCUGGCCUGGGAUAGAUGCUACUUCCAAGGUUUCUAAGACGGAUAUUAGCCUAGAUGAUCCAAUUCAGCAAGCAAAGCUCUUGUCUUCAAUCAUAGACCAAUCUCGUCAAACUGCUCAAAGUGCCGACAUGUCAGCCAUUCUACAAGGCUUGUCUGACAAAGCACCUCCAGGCAUUAGUGAUGUUGCUGGCUGGUCAAAAUUUGCUUCACAGCAUGCUUCUGAUCCUCUCCAAAGUAAACUUGACUUGCACCAUGAUCUUAACGUGCCUUUACAGGCACCUUUCGGUUUCCAACAGCAGAGAUUACCACCACAAAUGUCCCUGGCAAAUGUAUUGGCUCAGGCUACUGAUAAUCCUACCUCAACUCCAGAUAAGUUUCUUCCUUCUAGCUUAUCUCAAGAUCCACAACUGAUAAGUAAAUUGCAACAACAGCAUCUGUUGCAGUUGCAGUCUCAAGUGCCCUUCUCUGCACAACAAAUGUCGUUGUUGGACAAACUUUUACUACUUAAGCAGCAGCAAAAACAAGAAGAGCAACAACAGUUAUUACAGCAACAGCAGUUGCUCUCCCAGGUUCUAUCAGAGCAUCAGUCACGUCAGCAUUUUGGCGAUCCAGCUUUUGGACAAUUACAGGGCGCUCCAAUAUCUAUUGGAAAUGCAUCUAUUGAUCCAUCUCAAGUUCAGCUAUCACGAGAGCAGUUACCGAUUGGUUCACAGAAGCCACCAAAUGUACUAACUGAUCGUGCAACUACCUUGGGGAAUAUAGCUCUGCAAGUUACCCAGGGAGCAAGUUACAAUGUUAAUUCGGAAGAUCCAUCCCUUGUUGUUCCACACCAAAUGUUUGGAAAUGUUGUUCAGCAAAAGAGUUGGAAUGCUGCUCUUCCGGAGCAGCUUAAUGAUAUUCAUCCAAAAGAUAUGUUACCAGGAUCUAAAUCAAACGAGGAUGUGAAUCUUGUACCAACUUCAUCUGACAGCGACACUGUUAAAGCUUUGGAGCAGAUAUCAGAGGAUGUACCAAGGGUGGACGCAACUGUCACAUCUAUUGCAUCUGAUGUUUCAGUAGAACCUCUUCCUCUCAGAAAUGAUGAAGUCUCAGUUGCUAGACCACCAGCCGAAGUUCGCGAUAUUGAAAUUCCUGUUCCGAUUAGUGUACCCGUUGUGAAGGUUGAAGAUGCUAGUACGCCUGUGGAGAAGCUUGAAAGGAAUGUAUGCAAAGAUGAUACCUCUGUGGAGACGGAAUUGAAAAAUGUUGAAGCGCAAGAACCUAGAAAAUCUUCUGAUAAGAAGACCAAGAAGCAAAAAUCUUCAAAGUUGCUUUCCUCUGACCAGGCCAAGUACUCUAAGAAUUCUGCUAUUCAACAGUCAAAGCAACCAAAAAAUGGUAAACCAGAAAAUGAUUUGAAAUUAAAGGAAGAUAAUCUUGUGGGAAAAUCAAGUGAUACGUCAUCCUCUCCUCAGAAGACCAGGGAUGGGGAUGCCAAAAUUUCCCAUGUGGAUAGUCAACCAGCCUCUGCUUGGAAUGAUAGUGAAGCUGAUCAAGUGAAGUAUGACACCAGACUAAUUGGCUCUGAUUCUGGAGUUAACUCACAAAUUCAAUCUUGUCAAAGAGCUUGGAAAGUUGCUACGAGUUUCAAGGCAAAGUCGUUAUUGGAAAUUCAGGAGGAAGAGCAGAAAAGGGCACAUAUAGAACCUGCUGUGUCAGAGAUUUCAACUGCUAUCAAUUCUAUGAGUUUAUCAACUCCUUGGGCCGGGGUUGUGAGCAAUUUGGACCCAAAAGCUUCCAGAGAAACUCAUAAAGAUUCUAUGAAUUCUGAACCAAUUGAGAAACAUGAAAAUUUAUUGAACUUGAGGAGUAGAAAGAGUCAAUUGCAUGAUCUACUGGCGGAAGAUGAUAUGGAGAAGUCUGGUGCAGGUGUUGUUCGCGUUUCUGACUCGAUUCAGAUUGCUUCUUCUCCUCAGGUCGUGGCCACACAAGCAGAACCUAUGGAUGACAAUUUUAUUGAGGCAAAAGACACCAAAAAGAGCCGUAAGAAAUCUGCCAAGGCUAAGGGCGUUGGUAUAAAGGCCUCCUCUUCAGUCCCUUCCGCUGAUGUGCCUGUUGGUUCAAGUCCCAUUGAGAAAGUGAAAAUCUCCCGCCAGACACAGCAGGAGAAGGAUGCAAUGCCUGCCAUUCCUUCGGGGCCUUCUUUUGGUGAUUUUGUUCUAUGGAAGGGAGAAGCUGCGAAUGUGGCCCCUGCACCAGCAUGGUCCAGUGACUCUGGUAAGUUCCCCAAACCCACAUCUUUGAGGGAUAUUCAGAAGGAGCAGGAAAGAAAAAUCUCUGCUGCUCAGCAUUCACAUCAAAUCCCCACUCCGCAAAAGGCUCAGCCAACUCAGGUUGGUCGUAGCAGUAGCAGUAGUACUCCUUCCCGGGCUCUUUCUGCUUCUUCCCCAUCGAAGGUUGCAUCAUCCCCCCUGCAGAACACUCCUUCUCAGUCAAAGUAUGGAGGUGAUGAUGACCUAUUUUGGGGGCCCAUUGAGUCGAAGCAAGAAAAUCAGCAGGUUGAUGUCCAUCUUGGGAGCCAUGGAAGCUGGGGAAAUAGAAACACUCCUGCAAAAGCAGCAGCAGCAGCUUCAACUGGGUUGUUAAGCCGGCAAAAAUCAUCUAGUGGCAGAGCCGACACAGCUUCAACUGGGUUGUUAAGUCGACAAAAAUCAUCGAGUGGCAAAGCAGAUUAUCUUUCACCCUUGCCUGCACAGUCGUCUCAGAAAGGCAAACAAGACACAGUUACCAAGCAUUCAGAAGCUAUGGACUUCUGCGAUUGGUGUGAGCGUGAAUGUGCAAGGCUCCUUGGGACUAAAGACACAAGUUUUCUGGAAUUCUGCUUGAAGCAAUCAAGAUCUGAGGCAGAGCUGCUUUUGAUAGAGAACCUUGGAUCAUAUGAUCCUGACCAUGAGUUCAUCGAUCAAUUCCUCAAUUACAAGGAGUUGCUCCCAGCAGAUGUUCUUGAAAUUGCAUUUCAAAGUCAGAACGACCGGAAGGUAUUUGCAGUAGCUGCCCGAGAAGUGAAUUCUGGCCAUGCUGGUCGAAAUCUGGACCCAGAUGCCCCCGUUGGCGGUGAUGGGUCCGCAAAGGGUGGAGGAAAGAAGAAAGGAAAGAAAGGGAAGAAGGUAAGUCCAUCAGUUUUGGGUUUCAAUGUAGUUAGUAAUCGAAUUAUGAUGGGUGAGAUUCAGACCGUUGAAGAUUAGGAUAGCAAGAAAGAGGCUCUGGUGGUAAAUGUAAAUAUAUGACAUCUAACUUUCUGUAAAUGGAUAUUUUUGUACCUCUACCCACCCUCCCCACAGAAAAACACCACAGUGAUGCAGCAGCAGUGACUAUUUCGUCUGUCUGCUGGACGAUUUUGACAAUUAAUUGUUCAUCUUACUAGGUUUGUUAUUCGGUCUGUCGAAACAUUUUUUGAGCUGGAUUUAACCUAACCAAGGUAAUUUAUUCUUGUGUUUUACUU